UGCAGUUUUUAUAAUUCGUUGUUGAGGGCUGUUAGUGCUAUAGUUCUGUCCUAUAUUGAAAAAAAAGAAAGAAAGAAAAUAACGUUUUAUUAAAGCAGUGACUGUUAGUGUUUUAUAUUAAGGCCAGAGAGAGAUGUUUAUUCAUAUUAUAACAAUGGCUUCUUGUCGGAGUCUGUCAACUCUUUAAAAUAGAAUUUAUUUCUAGACUAUUUAUUUCUGUCUGAGUCCUAAAGAUAGGAAGAAAGCAAUGUCAUCCACACCUGCACAAAACAACUGAAACAUUUAAGAACCAUUUAGACAUAUUACAUAGGCCACGUGUUUGACAAAACUAAAGCACCAAAAGAACAAUUGUGUUUUCAUAGUGAGGGUAUUUCAACUACUCGAUUCGUACCGGAAACACGAUUUGUACUGCGCAUGUGCGGAAAUGCGUCUACUUGUCUGAAAUAUGACGAAACGAUUUACGGCAGUUUCGGAUAACACUGUUGUUAUAAUACUACUAAUAAUAUAAUGCUAAAGCAUACUAACUCACAUAUCAUUAGGUUAACGCUCAAUGGACACACCAUGUCGAAUCCCUGCAUCUCGACUAGCCGGGCUGGGGCAGAUUACAGACUACCUUUACAUCAGCAGCGGCAAGACGGCCAAAGACAACUCGGUUUUAACUCGCCUCAAAAUGACCUGCAUCAUUAACGCUACACAGGACGUGGAAGAUGUUCGCAUUCCUUCUGUUGAAUAUAUUCGGGUGCCUGUUUCCGACUCUCCUGCAUCUCAGCUCCAAGAACAUUUCGACACGGUUGCAGACAAAAUACAUGCCGUGAGAGCGCAGUGCGGUCGCGUGCUUGUGCACUGCUGUGCAGGCGUGAGUCGCUCCGCGACGCUGUGUCUCGCCUACCUUGUGAAAUACCGCGACAUGUCGCUAAUGGACGCGCACACACUGGUCAGGGCGUGCAGGCCAAUCAUUCGACCUAACUGCGGUUUCUGGAAACAGCUGAUUGACUACGAGCGCAGUUUACGUGGAACGAAUUCUGUAAUGAUGGUGGCUUCUCCUUUGGGUCAGAUUCCGGACUUAUAUGAGAAAAACAGUAGGGAUUUAAUACCACUUUAAAACUGACAUAGCCUCUAAAUGACAUCUUUAGAAAUAAGCGAGUCAUAUCUCCGUGUAAAACUGGAUAAUACUGCCUAUUUUAUUUUAAGAUCUCCUCAGCAUUUCAAUAAAUUAAAUGGAUGUUUAACAAAAAAAAAAUCUGACACAAAUGUAUUAAUUCAUUCGUCUUCAGUACAAUUUAUUCUCUUCCUUUUAUUUUUGUUAGUUGAAAGAUUUACCAAUGGCAGAUGUGAAUCAUCACAUUGUUCUUCAGGUGUAACUUACAUUUCAUGUAUGCUUGUAUGUAGUUCAUGUGUGCAACAUUGUUUUCUGACAUACAGUAUAUUGCCAAAAGUUUUGGCAUGCUUUACACCACAGCAUCCAACGCUUUGUAUUGCACUUGGUGAUGUAAGGCUUGGAUGCAGCUGCUCGGCCAUGAAAACCCAUUCCAUGAAGUUCUCUACACGGUGUUCUUGAGCUAAUCUGAAGGCCACACAAAAUUUGGAGGUCUGUAGCUAUUGACUCUGCAAAAAGUUGGCGACUUCUGCGCACUGUGUGCCUCAGCAUGUGCUGACCCCGCUCUGUGAUUUUAUGUGGCCUACCACUUUGUGACUGAGUUGCUGUUGUUCCUAAUAGCUUCCACUGUGGUAUAAUACCACUAGACCAUAAAUUAUUUAGUAGUGAGGAGAUUUCACAAAUGGAUGUCUUGCACAGGUGGCAACCUAUCACAACACCACAAAUGUUUGUAGAAGCAGUCUGCAUGCUUGUGGUAAUUAAUUUUAUACACCUGUGGCCUUGAAAAUAAUUGGAACACCUGAAUUCAGUGGUUUGGAGGGAUGUUCCAAUACCUAUAGUGUAUAUUUCCUAAAACAAAUGAAAAACAGCACUUAUCAAAUUCUGCUACUGUAUGUUGACCUUUGUGUCUGGGGUACUUUGCCAGUAGGCUAUUAAAGGUAAGGUCAGGGAUUCACAAGUAAGAGCAUGUGUCAUUUUGUGAAGGUUCUUAUAUUCCAGCAGAAUUCCAAAUCUUUUGGGUCCAUUCCAGAACAGCAUUUGAAAAUUAUCCUAAUAGCAAAAUGGCAGUUUUGUAACAUAUUACACUGAAAAGAGUUCUUUAAUGAAGAUAAAACAUGCUCUUUAACAAUCCUUUUCAGUGUAUAUUCAGUAAUAUUUGUCCAUUACCUGGUUUUGUUAUAUAUUU